AUGCUCUGUACCCCCACACUGCGCACUCCCUUCAACGUGUACCUGAUUAAUCUCCUGGUUACGAACAUUCUACAAAUCACUCUACAAGUCCCGCUGGAAAUUUCCAGCGCCUUAUUCUCCCGCUGGUGGAUGGGAUGGACGGCGUGCACUGUAUACUUAUUCGCCAACAAUGUGCUCAUCGGCGUAAUCAUGGCAUCCCAUGUCCUCAUAUCGGUGAACCGCGUCUGGGCGCUAACAUAUCAUUUGCAUUAUAAGCACCAUCAUACACUUCGGACUGCCAUUCAGCUCUGUAUUUUUGUAUGGGUUUGGGUGCACGUGAUUGUUGUACCGGGAAUUGUCUCAGAUGCGCUGUAUUACAGACGACCUUUGGAUAAAUUUGGUUGCUCAAUUAACACGUCCGCUCAGCCAAAAUGGGCAUUGGCCAAACAUUUUCUGGGAUACAUUUUGCCGUUGGUGGCUGUAAUUCUCACGUUUCCGUAUAUCUUGGGAAAGCAGCUACUAAGAAAACGCGUGGGAGUUGUGGGUGGCGGUAUCACACAGCAUAUUACGCGGAAUCAGAUUGGUAUUGAAAAUUCCGAUAAUUCCGUUACUGAAUCAAGGAAAGGAAAGAGAAGCGAAAGAUUAUCAAAGAUCUGGACCAGAGGCACAGUUUUAUAUGUUCUCAUGACCGUUUCUUUACUGGCAACUUGGACACCAGGACGUGUUUAUUUCACGAUUAAGCUUUUCAUCAAUGUGGACAAUGCUAGUGUUUUCCAGAUUUGCUAUGUGCUUUUUGCGUUGCAGUCAGUUUUCGAUCCGGUGCUGUUUGCAAUAGCACUCAAAGAAUUACGGCCAUUUGGAUGUAGAAUGUCUGUGCACUAG